AAUAAGGACAAAAUUUAAAAACCCUCUUCGUUUAUUUAUAAUUUUUUACAACUAAAGUAUUUCUUAUGGAUGAUUUUUAAUAUACCACUUUUAUAUAGUUUGUAUGGCCGGAGUGAAGUCGUGAAUUGAAUGUUGACAUUCAAUAUGGCGGUAUGUCGUCAGUGCUAUGCUGUGUCGUGGUGAGAUUUAAUAAUUUCGUCACUUUGUAUAUAUCUCCAUCUUAGAUUAACGUUUCCAAAAAUCGUAACUAGUGUGUAUUUAUAAUCGACCUGCCUUAAAUAAAAUUUAUAGAUAACCGUUUGGCAUCGGCCGACGGCGACAUAAUUUGUGCAGAUCUCGGUUUGAUCGUGCGGCCGAUACCUACCUAGAUAGCAAUAAUAAAAUCUUGUGAGUGUCGGUUUCGGGCAAACGGUAUAGCCUAUAGAUAGAAACAGAAUAUACGAUUACCUUCAACAAGCCGAUGUACCACAGAGCUCCGAUUCAGCAAGCAUUGAAGACAUCUGAGGAUCUAGGAUAUCAUAAUCAUAAGUAGAUUUAUUUUUCAAUAUUAGUGGUUUUGGUGAAGAAAUUGUGACACUUGUGAAAGAGACAUGUUGGUGUUCCAAUGAACACAAAGACUAAUGAAAAUGUGAUUUGUUUUCAAUAAUUGUAACCACUUUAUAAAUUACAUUAUUCUGUGAUAUAUUCGUAAAUACAGCGUUUUUCGAGAAAUAUACACAGAAGAUACAGCAUUAAACAAGGAAUAAUGUCAAGCAAUCCUCAGUGGAAGAUGUUCCAGCCGCCAGAUUCACACUCAUCACCCCUGCAGGAUAUUCUAGAUCUCCAGCAUUCUAACAUGCAGGCCAAACAGGCCUAUCGAAAUGGUACGUUUAGCAGCGAUUAUCCAAGUUCUCCAAGAGAUAAUUAUAACAACGUAGGGAAGACUGGCGGGGGUGGCGGCAAUCGCUUCACUCUCGCCAACUACAACAUAGACGGGUGCCCGAUGGGCGACUCGGUGGGGGUCUACUCCUCCAGCUCCAACAACACGUCGUCCCAGCAAUACGACUCCACCAACCACCCGCCUAUCAGAGAAACUGGGAUUAUUGAAAAGCUACUGCAUUCCUACGGAUUCAUACAGUGUUGUGAGAGGCAGGCGCGCCUGUUCUUUCAUUUUAGCCAGUUUAGUGGCAACAUUGAGCAUCUCAAGAUCGGGGACCCCGUGGAGUUUGAGAUGACUUACGAUCGACGUACGGGCAAGCCUAUUGCUUCUACAGUCACCAAAAUAGCACCUGAAGUGGUAUUGAGCGAAGCGCGAGUAACGGGCACCGUGACCACCGAAGUGAAGGGCGAGGGCUCCGGCGACAACACGGGCAGGAUAUCGUACGAGAACCGCGGCGAGUGCUUCUUCCUGCCCUACACGAAGGACGACGUCGAGGGCAACGUCACGCUGCACACCGGCGACGCUGUCAGUUUUCAAAUCGCUACCAAUCAGAGGGGCACCCUAGGCGCAUGCCACGUGCGCUUCGAGAACCCCGUGCACCCGGUGAAAUACCACGGCGUAGUGUGCUCCAUGAAGGACAACUUCGGGUUCAUCGAGCGCGCGGACGUGGUCAAGGAGAUCUUCUUCCACUACUCGGAGACCAAGACCAAAGAGGAACUCGCCCUCGGCGACGAUGUUGAAUUCAUCAUUCAGACUAGAAAUGGAAAGGAAGUAGCGUGCAACAUAACGAAGUUGCCAAGCGGCUCCGUCGUGUUCGAGGACGUGAGCCCCGAGAUGAUGAAGGGGCAGGUGCUGAAGCCCCUGGAGAAGGGAGCCGCGCGCGCGCCGCAGAACGACCCGCUCCCCGGCCGCAUCCGGUACCGCGCCGCGGACCACUCCGAGGUCGAGGUGCCGUUCGGCGAUAAGGAUCAGUGCGGCGAGUUCACGCUGAAGCACGGCGACUGGGUGCAGUUCCAAGUGGCCACCGACCGCAGGGACCAACUCAAGCGCGCCACGAAUAUCUCCUUGCUGGAUGAGUCCUUCAACGUUUCUGGAGAGAGGCGGGAGCAAGGCGUGGUGUGCUCUCUCCGGGAAGGAUUCGGCUUCCUCCGCUGCGUGGAGCGCGAGCAGACCAUGUUCUUCCACUUUGCGGAGGUGCUGCGCUUCGGCCUUAUGGCAGAGAACCCCAAGGACCCCAAGGAUCCCAACAACGCCAACAAGUAUAUACUCAGCGUCGGUGACGAGGUGGAAUUCACCGUGGACCCAGUGACGUCGUUUUCAAACAUGAACACCCGCCAGAGCGCCAUCCGCAUCAAGCACCUGCCGCCCGGCUCCGUGCACUUCGAGACCCUGGUCGAGCGGGGCGCGCGCGGCGUCGUCACUAAGGAGGCUCAGCUCUACAGCUCCAACUCGAGCCCUACUAGGAACCCGCCUCCAGAAUAUAAUGGCGUUAUCAGUUGUCAAAUCAACGGAGCUAAGAAGAAUCUUACCUACAUGGCCAAGAAGUGCGACUCCAAGAUGCUGCCUCGAGUUGGCGAUAAGGUCAUUUUCGAUAUUUAUCAGGUGAAGAGAACCAAGGAGCUGGUAGCGAUGUCGGUGACGAUCCAACACAGCCUCACAAACGGCGGCGCCAGUAACGGCAGCGCCUCGCGCGGCGUGCUGCACGGGUUCAUCGCCGCGCUCAAGGACGGGUUCGGCUUCAUCGAGACCUCCGACCACAGCAAGGAGGUGUUCUUCCACUUCAGCAACCUGGAGGGCAACCCGGACAACCUGGAGCUGGGCUCGGAGGUGGAGUACGGGCUGGGCCGCGCGGGCGGGUCGGGCGGCGGCUGCGCCAGCGCCGAGUUCGUGCGCGUGCUGCCGCGCGGCACCGUGCCGCUCGCCAAGCCGCUCGAGCCGCCGCUCAACGGCACCGUCACCCGCACGCUGCGGGCGCUUAACCCGGACCAGCCUAAAUAUUGCGGUCUGAUUCAAAUGGAGGGCGGCACAUCUUACGAGUUCGGUAUCAUGGGUCUGGCGUGCAAGCGCGAGAUCCUGCAGGUCGGCGACCCGGUCACCUUCCAGGCGGACGCGGAGGGCCGCGCCACCAACAUCGUGCCUAUACGCAAGAAGCGACGCGCCACCGUUGACGCCAUCAAAGGUGGUUUCGGUUUCCUGUCGCUGUCGGUGGAGGCGGAGGAGCAGCGGCGGCUGUUCUUCCACAUGUCGGAGGUGCGCGGCAACCCCGCCGAGCUGCAGCCCGGCGACACGGUCGAGUUCGUCAUGCUCACCAACCCGCGCAACGGCAAGAGCAGCGCCUGCAACGUCGUCAAAGUCUCUAGCGGCAAGAGUGGCACAAAGCCCCGGCCAGAGCGGCCCGAGCGCCUGCUGGCGCGGCUGCGCACCGCCUCGCUGGAGGAGUCUGGCGCGCCGCGCGUCAUCGUGGUGCGCGGCCCGCGCGGCCCCGACGGCUCCCGCGGGUUCCGUCCGCGCCGACCCGUCGCAGAAUUAUUAGCCGAGUGAAGAUCAGUGGGCGACGCACCGCGGCCUCUGGACACCGGCAGCUACGUUCGUAGGUAAACCUAAUGGUUUGAUUUUCAAUUCAAAUUGUUUAACUGUAUUCACGAGAGACUGACUGAUUCUCUUUUCUUUAGCAGCAUUUAGAGAAAUUGUUUUGUGAUUUUUACUAAUUGUAGGAGAAAAAAAAAACACUGUUAAUAAAUUGGCAGCUGCCAUGAUACCGAUCAAGUUACAUCCACGUUGCGGCUUGUGAUCAAUGAGCGAUGAACAUAUCAACUUAAACCGGACCUUUGUUAUUUGCUUGAUUACAAAUUUCCUUAUUACGUAGGUAAGAGGUUCUUUUUCGCAUGGUUACUUUGUUCAAAAUUCCGUUUGACAUAUUGUGCUUCAGCUGUUGUUAUGGUUUGCCAAGUUCAGUGCCUGUGGUAUCGAGCUCUCGAAUACUGUUGUAAAUACCCACCGCAGCAGUCGGCCGCCUGAUCUGUAAACGACUGACUGCUGCGAUGGACAUCCAUUGAAUAUUGUAUGUGCUUAUUUGUAAGGAGAAGAGUCAUCUCUGACUCCCAGGACACGUUCUGUCUGUACGUAGGUGACACAUAACAUAUGAGGGUUUCUAGAUCUCACGUUAUUGUAACUUAUUGCAAGUAGAUCUCUGUCGGUUUAGUCUCUUCUGUGAUUAUGUAAAUUUUUUUGUGCAAUACAUUUGUAAAACAAAAGCGGCCCGUUUAGGGCGGAAUGGCGCGUCGCUUGAUGCUCUGUAAAUUCUUUUCGCCGAUAUUACAAGCACUGAGUGACGGCGACCUAUUUUCGAAGUCUUAACGGGUGUGAUUCCACCUUGUGAGUUAAUCUUUAAAAUAUACCCACGAGCAAUGUAAUUGAAUACAAUUUACCCGAUUCCAAUGCUCAUGAUUAUAUUUUAAUGUAUUGUACAUGAGUACAUGACUCAUUUGUGAGACUUGGCGCCGUAUCACGAAUAAUAACAAUAUUAAUUCACGAAAUGGAUGAACCCCAACUAUGAAAACAGGUUCCUUGCCGAUAUAAGUCUUAUAAGACGCAGUUUGCCUUUUUGGAUGUAUUUACGAGUAAGUAGCGUUGUAUUGUUUGUGUUGCCUAACCCACUUAAAGAAAUUGGCAAAUAUUUUGUUUGUAAAUUAUGGUGAGGAGGAUAGGUUCUUGUUAUAUACCAAAUCAAUGUUUACCAAAGGACUGGAGGAUAAUGGAAUACUCUAACUUGGUACGUACGUAACUACGUGUCUGGGUCAGUCCAUCGACAAAAUCAAACUGUUCAAUCAAUAAAAUAUCAUUUCUUGAAUCCGACAGUUAAUAU